AUGACAUCUGAGAUGGACUUACUUAAGCAAGAAAACGCCAGACUUAUGGCUGAGAAUGCUGAGUUUAAGGUCAAGUAUGACGAGGCCAAGGAUGAGAUUACAAAGUUAAGGGCUGAGCUCAGGAAUAGAAUCAAGGAAUUAGAAAAAGCUAGAAUAGAUACUGCCGUCAAGAAUACUAGACGUGAUGUUGAAAAUGUCAGGCGUGAUGCUGAGAAUGCUGAGCUUAAGUCUAGAGUUGCAAAGUUGGAAGAAGAUUCUAGACAUCCACGAAAGGAUUCCUCUCCCGAAAAAUCUGCUGACAUACCAGAUUCCAUAGUAGCAAAUGAAGUGAUAUCUGUCAAUUCCAAGUCAUCAGAGGAAAAGAUGAUGGACUCUUUUCUGGAUGAAGUGAAUAAGAAAAUUGUUAGUGAUGGGAUAAGGCAGAGAAAGCGGGUUGAGAAGCUUGCAAAAGUGGAAUCCGUCUCCCCUGAAAAAGGUAAACAGGUAUCUGUUGACAAAAAGACACUUCGCAAGAAAGAACAAAGGGAAAAAUUCAUUCAGGAAGUGUCCAGGAAUGAUUCGAUACCUUCAGUAUCUUUCCAAAGAGAAUCGGAUUCAAGCACCAAUUGUUCCAAUAUUAUAGAUGAGCCAGGCUUGAAUUCUUUGGAUGUUUGCCUAGAGCAAACAGUACGAAGCUGUGAUCCCUUAGCAGUAGAGAUGGGAACGCCAACCUUUUCUCUUUUAUAUGAAAAACUUUGUGAUGCCGUAAUCCUUGCUGAUCGUGCGGUCCAAGAAGCUAUUAUACGUUACUGUCAAUUUGGAAAAGCUCUUAUCCAGAGACAAAGUGAGAUAGCAUCUGAAAAACAAGUUGAUCCAGAAUCCAACGCUGUUAGUAGAAUUUUAAAUGAGGAAGUUAGAGCUCAGCUUCCUGCAGAUACUUCUGAUGCACUUUUAUGGAAAAGAAUCAAGCAGGCCAAGAAACUCUGGAAGCUUUUUGAUGCAAUAGGCAUGGAUAAAAUUUAUCAGAUACAUUCAUUCUCUGUUAGCAGUAUUUCAAAAAUAACGUAUAAAGACAUUCAGUAUAUCAUAGAUAAUAU